GUGAAACGAAAACGAAGGACAGAAAUAAGCCAGGAUCUCGAUUUUCUCCGAUCGCGACGUUGAGAGAAAAUGCCUUGGGGCCAUCUAUGAUAAGAGGGAUUUCUGGAAAUGAGGUUUGUGUGGAGCUGUUGGUUAGUCGGCGGCACGUCUUCAACGGCCGCUGCUUGGUGUUUUCGGCGCUUGCUGAACAAUCACCUCAACACCAACAUUCCAUCAAAUACCCGCUCUCCAAAUACAUUUCCCCUCCCAAUCCCCAACACGCGGGGGAGAAGUAUCGAAAAUCAGGACACUCACGGCACAGCGCGUACUCGCGUUAAACCCGCACAGCACGGUGUCGUGCAACUCUCUCUAAAAAAACGCAUUGCCUACUAUACGAUCCCCGUUCGCGGUUACCUCUAG